AUGAUCAUAUUCAAGAACGCCCUCCUGCUGGCGACGUCGGCCGGCGCCGCGCUGACGUACUGUUCGUCGCAGAACUCGGGCGAGUCGUUCGACUCUGUUUUCGGGCAGUUUCAGAGCAACGGAGCGUGUAGUGACACGUGCUCCGGGUACGCGUUUGCCAUUUUGCAGGGCCAAAAGUGCUGGUGUUCCAACAUGGCGCCGUCAGACACCACCUCCGUCGGCUCUUGCGACGAGGCCUGUGCCGGCUAUCCCUCCGACAAGUGCGGCAACAUGUUCCAGGGCCUUUUUGGGUACAUUCAGUUGGCCCAGGCGUCCGGGACUCUUGCUGUUUCGAGUUCGACGACGAGCACAAGCUCAAGCACGAGUUCGACGAGUACUACAAGUUCCAGCACCAGCACCAGCAGCACCAGCACUAGCUCGAGUACCAGCAGCACCAGCUCGAGUACCAGCAGCACCAGCACUACAGAGAGCACCAGCAGCACCAGCAGCACCAGCAGCACCAACAGCACUUCUACUUCCUCCACAACGUCGUCAAGUACGACGUCUUCCAGCUCUUCCACCACGUCCACCACGUCAAGUACGACGUCUUCCAGCUCUUCCACCACGUCCACCUCGUCACCAUCCAUUUCCGUGCUCACAGUGGUGGGCGGAGAAAAGACGGUGACAGUGUCCAACUCGGACAGCACGUCCACGCCCGCCCCGGCGUCGACAACGUCGUCCGAGUCGCCGGUAGCCACGUUAGACCCCCAGUCGAAACACAAGGACGGCUUCUUCGACCACAAGGGCAAGGUGGCCGGUGUGUUCACGGUGGUGGGCAUCGUCGGCGCGGCGUUAAUCGCCGGACUCAUCUUCUUUCUGUGGCGACGCAACAAGAAGAGCCGCUACGACGACGAUGACGACGACGACGACGAGCUCACCGUGGGCUCCGGCGGGUCGCCCACAGGAUCGCCCUGGCGGUCCAAGGCCGCGGCGGUCGGCGUGGUGGGCCGAAGCCAGUCGACCCGAACCACACUGGGCGGCAGCGACCGCGGACCCAACGGAGGGCUCGCCACGUCGCCGUCGCUGGCAACCUCAGGUAAGCUGCGCAUCGACGAGUCGUCCGAAACUGGCUCUCAUCACAUGAUGCGCGAGCAGUCCGAGUCGUCGAUUCUGGGCUCCAUGGGAAUGGCGCAGCAUGACGUGCCCGACCCAUCUGCGGCGCCGGGACGGUCCAUGGCCGCCAACAUGUCCCAGGUCCACGAGGUGCCCGUCGUUGACCAGCGGCUAGACCCAUCGCAGAUGGUGCUGCGCUACGACGGCGUCGACGAGUCGCGUCAUAGUCUACAGGACGACGCUGACUACAGCAGGCGAAUUCUAAGGGUCACCAACCCGGAUUACUUUGGCUAG